AUGAAAAAUAUAGGGGAGGAUGCGUAUGAAGAGAAGUUGUUGUGUGCAUAUGAGGAUGAUAAUGAGAAGCAAGUACUAGGGGAGAAUAAGGAGAAGGAAUUGUGCAAAAUAUUGAUCAGAAUGUUUAACUGGAUAAAUGGAUUAGAGCAGAAAUGGGAUGAUACCUUAAGAUGGACUUGGAAACCGAAAGAAUGGAAAAAUGAAAAUGAGAAGGAGUUGCAAGCUUAUCUUCGCUGUCUUAUAGGAAGAGUAACUAUGAUGAGAAUGUUAGGCAAACAUUGCGACUUGGACAAAGUAGCAGAACUUGUUUAUGGGGCAGCACAGGGUAUGAGAGGAAUGUACGGAAUUGAUGAUGCGAGCGGAAUAUGUGAAGAAGUAGAUAAUGAAAGUAUAGGAAUGGGCGGAAGAUUAAUAUGGAAGGAAUUGGACCAAUGGUUAAAUCAAUAUGAGAGGAAGAAGGACGUUGGGUACCGGGAAGUGAAGGCAGGAAGUAGUGCACUACACCACAUAAAGCAGGCAGGCGAAACAAAUUGCCCACCAGGGGAAAAAGGGAAGAAAAAGGAAGAUAGCUCAAAUACAUUAGAAUUCUUAGGAAUAAAUGGUGUGGAUAAGGACCCAAGCAUAAAGGAAGAUACUAAAACUUGGGAGAAGAAGGCUUUGGAGGAAGCAUGGAAGGAAGCGAAGAGAGUGAACGACGCUGAUGAACUUAUGGGAAAAAUGAAGGGCCUAGAGGAAAAAUUGGAGGAGCAGUAUGGGGAAUCUGCAAAAAAAGCUAAGAUAGUGCAGGACGCUGCACAACCACAGGGUAGGGUCGAUAGUAUUGCGGGGGAUGAUGUUGUUCUACCCUUACCAUCACCCCCCAACCCUGGCCACCCCGGAACGGUUAGUGGAGGGGAGGCAGGAGGGGGGAAAUCUAUAUCAAGUGAAGCACCAAAUCAGGAGGGUUCAUCCUCCAGCGGUGGCAGUAGGGCACCCGCUCCGGUGAAGACACCUCAGCAGGAAGAUUCAGGUAAUGCAUCGAGCAAAGGUAAGAACAUACAUUCCACAGAAUCAUCAUGCCUUAAAGGGGACAGGAUUCCUUCCUGCGACGACAACAGUAUGUACGUAACGCGCACUGAUAAGGACGAAGAGGAAAAUAAUUAUAUUAGGGGGAAUAAUGGUCCUGAAGUGAAAGAUAUUGUAGAGAAAGAUGAGAAGAAAGAGAAGAACAGUGUUGCUGAGACUACUACGGUAGAUAGGGACACCCAAACUCCAAGCACAGGAACAGACACCCAAACUCCAUCCAUAUCUGUAGAUCCAUCUCAAGAUCCAAGUGCAAGCAGUACUCAAGGUAGUCAAGGUAGCAGUAGUAAUAGUCAAGGUGGUCCAGGUGGGGGUGGCCUAGGUCCACGGGACAGUAAUACUACUCCGAGUCCAACUUUAUCAGGAACUGGAAAGGGGGGUAAAGCUCCGUCAAAAGCACCCAGGGUUGUAGAAGGAAGGAAGUAUUUUUUCCUUCGUAAAAAAAGAAAACGUUACAGAAGAACUCAUCAAGUAUCUGGUCCUCCUUUAGAAGAACAAGUCGUUGAUCAUGUGGACAACCAGGAUGAUGAUCCACAUGAAUAUACCUUAGUAAAAGGACGCAGACAACCAAGAUCUGUUCAAACAGGAAGAACGAAGAGGCCAAAAAAACGUCCUGCUCAUCGCCGUCCUGGUCGUCGUGCUGUCGGUCACCGCAUGAUUAUUGAUAUUCAUUUAGAAAUCUUAGACGAAUGUCAAAAAGGGGACACCAAACUGUUUCAAGAAGACUUUUUUGAAAUUUUGGUUCAAGAAUUUAUGGGAUGUGAGUUCAUAAAAAAGGAAGAAGUUCCUAAGGACGAUCUUCCUAAGGAAGAGGUUCCAAGUUCAGAUUCCGGGUUUAGGGAGGAAGACUUUCUUCCUCAGGAAGAUGUUGCUUAA